AUGUCUGACUCAAAUAUGACGAUGCAGUGCAAAGUAAAAGAGUUCGAAAAUAUUUCAUCAUUUAUCUGUGUGUGCUCGCUAAAUGGAUUUUUGAGUUGUAAAGCUCAUUUGAUGGAACAUAUAGAAAAUUGUUCAGUUAAGCAUAAGUUAUAUGUUUCAUUUCAUGAAAUCAGAUAUAAAACUAUUUUUGCUAGGAAAGUUUUUUUAUUUAUAAUGAAAUUGGUAAAGAAUAUUGACAAAUCUAUAAAUACUAUCAAUCAUUAUGCUGAACUAAUUGCAUGGGCUUGGCAUCAGCCGAAAAGAAAAAGCGACGCAGAUAUCUUAAAGAGCUUAGAUUCACAGACUUCAGCUUUUAAGACUCAAUUUCGAUUUUUGAAUCCAAACAAAUUCUCUUUUAAUCCUAUCUUGCACAAUAUAAAUAAUAAAAUCUCCAAACUGCUAGCUAAAACUAUUCUUCAAAUAAAUGACAAUUCCUCACUUAAUGCCAGCUACAUUAACAAAAUCAACUUUACCAGGAAUCAAAAAAUAUUGAGGAAUUUUAAAGAUUUGAUGACUGAGGAUUUGCAAGAUAAGUUAUUUACUCCCCCCCCCCCCCCCUCCGUGAGCGAACAAAACCAUUAGAAAAAUCGCCAUUUUUUGACCAAAAACCCACCCUCCGUGAGUGAACAAAAAUUUUUUUAAUAGAAAAAAUUUUAAUGGAAAAAAAUUUUGAUAUAUAUAAGUGAUAAUUAGUAUAAUGAAAUCUAGAGCUAAUUCUGUUUAAUUUUAAACAAAAUUGCGUUUUAAAACAUAAAUUUUGCAAAUUAAAUUAAUAUUUGCUUCCCAAUUUUUGCAAAUUAAGAUUUUUUUAAAUUUCGAAAAAAAAAUAUUUUUUUAUAAAAUUUAUAUAUAAAUUUUUUUUUAAAAAAAAAAUUAACCCCCCUCCGUGAGCGAACAAAAUUUUUUUGUUCGCUCACGGAGGGGGGGGGGGGGGAGUUAGUAUUAUUUUGCAGUCUAGAGAAAAUAAAAACCUAAAAUAUGCAGCCAGCAACGCAAUAACUAUUUUGAAUUACAGCAAAUAUGAAUUUAUUAAUAAAGAUCUGAGGGGAGUUGAAAUUGAAGGCGCUAACCUUUCUGAAGCCCUUAUAAUAAAUUCUAACUUUCAAGGUAGCAAUUUGAAGAAGGUUGAUUUCUCAUUUGCAAACAUUUAUGACUCAAAUUUUUGUGAUUGUGAUUUAACAGAUGCAUGGUUUGGACAGUACCCUCCCAUAUUAGAUAAAUUUUCUGAAAAUGAUACACUUUCAUGAUGUGGGGAUUAUUUAGCAUAUGCUUAUGGCUCCACUGUAGUUUUACAUAAUAUUCACAAGGGAACUGUGUUUAAAGAAUUUAAACAUAAUCAAGAUAUUAAUGCAAUUGGAUUAUCAAGGGAUGGGCGUUUUCUUGCAGCUGCUGAUUGGAACUAUAAAAUCCAUCUAUGAGAUAUUGAUCUACAAAAAGAGCUCAUGGAAUUAAAAAGGCACUCACAGACUAUUAAAUCAAUUUCAUUUUCUCCAAAUGGUGAAUUCUUUGCAACAGUGGGCAAUGAUUGUAGAUUAAGAUUAUGAAAUAUUGCAGAUCGCAGGGCAAUUGAUACACGAAAACUAAGCUGAGCCUUAACCUCAGUUUCAUUUUCUUCUUGCUGUAAAUUUUGAAAUCAUGGCAAAAUGAUACCUACGAGCGACAAACUUUUCCAAAAUUUCGGCCGGAAAAAAGCCACUGGGUCGCAGGUGGCAAAUAUCCGGUCUGGGGUGAGGGCUUGGGCUGACUGGGCAUCCCCAACCGCAGACGAGAACACUGACGGCAUAACACCAAUCGGGUAUAUCUGGAGGAGCAUUAUGCUGCUGUAAAUGGCAGAUGCAGUUCAUCGGACGAUCCCCUAAUACCCUGAGCACUACCAGAGGCUAAGAGAGUCUUUGCUGCAAUUUUUGGUCCAAGAAGGCUCGGAUGAGUCUCCUAUAGACUGACGACGUCGCCAUUUUUGGUGACCCUAAAGUAAAAGAGCGUUGGCUGCUUUAGUGCCUAAUACCACAUGAAGUGUGAAGCUCAAGCUCAACUGGCUAGAGGCUCAAAUAAUCCUCGUUUAACCUCUCUAACCUAAAUCUCUCUCUUGCAGUAAAUAUAUCGCUUUAGGAUUUUGGCAUUUGUCCACAGUGUUUUCUAUAAGGAAUAUUGAAUUAAACAAAUGUGUAUUUUAUCACCCAAGUGAUGUAAUAAAUGUGUCCUUUUCCUGCUUUUCAAGAUAUUUAAUUACUUCAUGCAAUGAUUUUAUUAUCAGGAUUUGAGAUACUGAAUGUGGGCAGCUAAUAAAAUCAAUUAAAAUUUGAGCUUAUAAAGAAAGGCCUUCAGGAAAAAACUUAUUUAAUCCAAAUUCAUUGAUUAAGUUUUGAGCAAAAUAUUGCUUUUCAGAAUUCAAUGAUGCAUUUUCAAAUGUUUUUCACCGUUGGGGAAUAAAUUUUUCUCCUGAUCAAAAAUACGCAGCUGUUCGAAAUACUCAAAAGUCACUUAAAAUUUGAGACGCAAAAGCUUUAGUGGAUCAUCCUUCUUUUUACAAGCAAAUCACUUCUAUAUCUUUUUCUCAUGAUGAAAAAUAUAUUGCGCUUACAAAUGCUUCGAAAUCAAUAAAAAUACACAAUGUAAUUGCAAAGAGAAAAGAAUUUAAACUUAAAGGCAAUCAAGGUAUUGCUAAAUUUGUAGCAUUUUCAAGACUUGAUUAUUUUCUUGUUUCGCUAUAUGUGAAUAAUUAUAUAAUUUUAUGAGAUGUAGUCCAUCAAUUUCCGAUAAAACAAUUUGAAAUAGAAGAUUGCCAAAUUUCUGCUGUUGAUGUAUCUUUUAAUUGCAAUUUUAUAGGUACUGGGUUUUUAAAAGGCCAUAUCAAGAUAUGAAAUAUACUAUCCCCUUCAGAAAAUAAUAUUCUAAGGCAGGUAGGGAAAAUUAAUUGCAUUAAAUUUUCGCCUUCUGGAGAGUAUAUUGCUGCUUCAAGCUCUAAUAGCGAAUUUCGCUUAUGAAGAAUAAAGAAGAAAAACUUUGUGAACUUCGGAUAUAAAGAUUUGAAAAGAGUAUUGUGCUUUUGCUUUACUUUAUCUGGAAAAUAUUUAGUAUUAGCCUAUUCAGAAGGGCCUACAAUUCUUUGAGAUAUUCAUAAAAGACAAAAACUUACAGUUAUUCAAACAAAUGAAGCGGUCACAUCAAUUUCUCCAUGUGGAGACUUAUUGAUAACUGGAAGUCUUAAUGACAUAAAAGUAUGAAAUAUUUGGCAAGGAAAUAUGAUAAAAAAGUAUAAUUAUCACUCUGAAAUCAUCAGUUCAAUUCAAUAUAUUAAUAAAAAGUCAAUGCUUGUUGCAGCAGGCACUGAUGAUACAAUUAAAUUCUUCAGCAUUUAA